GUCCGCAGGGGUAUUCUGAACCACCUCUAUCUCAUUAAAGUGAAUGUAUUUGGAGAGGGGUGACUAGAAGCCAAAGUGCAACAAAGUGCAGACCUGUGAGUGCACUGGGAGAGGCCAAAAAAACAUGGCAACAGAGGCGAGAGGCACAUUUGUAAAAUUAAGUCCAAAACAAAGUGAAGGUGUUAGCGCUAGUAGCAGCUUGAUGCAUGCCAAGCACUAGACCUGGAGUGCUGACAUGGCUAACUCUCUCUCUCUCCCCCCACCCUCCUCUCUCUCUCCAUCCCACCCCCCCUCCCUCUCUUCCAGAUAAUGGUGCUGACAGACCCUGAGUUUGAGAGUAGUGUGCUCAUCAGCUCGGAUGAAGGAGCAAGCUAUCAGAAAUACCGCCUCAGCUUCUACAUCCUAAACCUCCUGUUCCACCCAACAAAGGAGGAUUGGGCCCUAGCCUACAGCCACGACCAGAAG